CGCGUCGUUCACUCGAUCAGUCUGUUGCGAAUCGUCUUCCGAGAAAGUAUUGCAGUGCUAUUGACGUACAACAUGGGCAAGAGUUUGAUACUGACAGUGGUGGGUUGUUUGUGUGUUUGUGGUCUCUUGGAAGCGGCCCCGCAGUUUGGACAGCUGGUCGACAUCGAAACGGAGAUAGAUUCCAUUCCAGUCACCACCGAAGAACCAUCUACGACGACCGAUCCGUACGCGAAGCUCGCUGCCGCCUUCACCUUCAAGACUCCUACGCAGGGCAAGAUCUCGUACUCGGCCGGUGUGCACCGGUUCGAGAUCGGACCGGACGAGGAUCCGCAGCAGCGCGUACUGCAGGAGUACCGCGACAAGUUUGAGUUGCGACUGCCAACGACCACUGCUAGAUACCCGAAAGGUCCGCCAUGUGUCUAUUGCUAAUAGGAGGGAACGACUACUGACCACCUAUGGCAUUGGAAUAAGGUGGUCUGUAACACACUGGAAA